CCUGAGCUGAGCAAAGGCACCGCAUUAUUCAUCCAUCCGUCGACAGCCGACACAGAGCGAGCAAGCAAGAAGAUCGGGAGGAGGAUCGGAGUUUGAUCUCCAUUCGAUCGAUGGCGCCGGAGUUUGGGUGGUGGCCGAUGUCGCCGUGGCUGAGCCCUGGCGCGGCGUCGUUCAUCUUCUUCAACGUCCUCGUCGGCGCCAUCGCGGUCAUGUCGUCGUCCCGGGGGCGGGGGCAGGAACCGGCCACCCGGCGCAAGCUCGUUCGCACCGCCUCCACCGUCGUGCUGGAGAACCUGCGUUCGAUCUCCAACUUCCCCUUCCACUCGCUGGGCGACUACGACGUCGCCGCGUACUCUGCACCGGCGGCGUCACAGCUCCACCACGUGCAAGACCAGGAGUAUACGUUUCGAGAGCAGGAGGUACGGGAGGUGAGCAGGAUAGAGUCCGAGCCGGCAUCAGUGGCCGAAGAAGAAGCUGUAGUGGCGGCCGCAACAACCACCUCGCCGCAGAGCGCGCCUGUCGCGGCACCGGCGGCACAGGAGGUGAACAGGAUGGUGGAGCUCGAGUCAGCAUCAGUCGCCCAAGAAGAAACUGUAGCGGCGGCCGCUACAACCGCCUCGCCGCAGAGCGCGGCACCGGCAGCACUCGACGCGUCCGCGGCGGCGACUAAGGGCGAGGUCGAAGCCGAGGAGUCCAUCAGCUUGGACGAGGCAUACGCGCUGGCGCGCGCGGGGCGGCAGUCCGCCGCCGACACGGUGGCCACGGUGCCGAAGAAGGCCAAGGGGCGAGGAGCCUACGGAUGCGGGCGGGGAACGGAGGAGGUGGACGCGCGGGCGGAGCAGUUCAUCCGGCAGUUUCGGGAGGAGCUCAAGCUGGAGCGCAUCAAUUCCAUCCUCAACCACACCCACGCGCUGCGCCGCACCGCCGGGGCGCGGUAGCCGGCGCCGCCGCUCGGCCGACCGUCUCGUUUGAUCGUGUAGAGAGAGGAUAAUAUUUCAUUUGCUUGUACAGCAUUCAUGGGUCAUUCCCGCAGAGAAUGAUGCGACAGCACACAGUUUUGGAUAUGUUUUAUACUAGCAGGCAGAGAGAACUGCCAAAACAUCGCAUA